CGGAGCAGAGAUUUGUGCACAGCAGGGACUUCUCCACAUCUUGUGCAUGAUAUAAAAUCAUCAUAAUGACAUGAAAUCGUUCAAUCUGAACACUGCAUAGAUUUCGCAUCCACGUGUAGUGUAGUGUAGUGGUGUAACAGUCAAUGUAGUGGUGUCCGUUAUCAUGCCGACAUUGUGCAUGAAUGCUAAUCCUGAUCGAAGUAGUGCCAACUCAGAAUGAUGUGCUUGCAGAUGGGAUGCCAUGCUAUGUCACCGUGCCACUCUGUGGUACACUAAUCCUUUGAUUCCACCAAUGGGAAGAGGAGAUACGAAUCAAGGGUCUAAAACAGGACGAUUGUUUACGUUUAGUCGUCGCGCUGCAUUCUCCUUUCUCCUGGAAUGUUAGGCAAAUAAUGAAACCUCAUUCUUCGUCUCAGCUCAUCCGGUCAGGGAAUCCAGGAGCUAUUGGCUGUCUUCUCCUGUGUCACGGAUCACAACUAGCCAAUGACUUGGCUGUCUUGGCCACAACCACCUCAAGAUGAUAAAUGAUUAACUGUACAGGGAAAGAACAUCGCCUACAUUGUCUACACAUAUGGCAGUCAUUGUGUCGAAUAUCAAGAAAAAAGUGAAGGGAUAUAUAAUAAGUAUACCGUUAAAAGGGUGAAAAGGGAGACACAAAAAUAGUACUUACUUUUUAAUUUUGUGUGGGAAAACGAGGCUUGUGAAAUUCUGAGCCGUCAGCAGGCCUAUCUCAGUUGGUGCCCUGUGGCUCUCUCCUGCUCCCCUUCAAAUAGAGCCAAGGCACAGGACUCAGUUGACCAUUAACCUCACAAUUGAUUACAGCGGUUUCCCCACACAUAAGCCUCUCAGCGCUCGUCUGUGGCUGCUGACACAAAGUUCACCUCCUUCCCUAUUCACCAGCAAAGCACAGCGGUAGCAGAAGCUUGAGGCUGGAUUCUGUUCCUGGUGGAUUCAUCUUCAGUUUGAAAAGGUAUUUUGAAGAGAGUUGGAAUCAUGACGGCGUCUGGGUAUGGAUACUAUCGGACCUCCAUUUUCAUGGCCAUGUUUGUGGGCUACACCUUGUACUACUUCAAUCGGAAGACCUUUUCGUUUGUGAUGCCAUCCUUGAUGCAAGAAAUUACCCUUGACAAAGAUGAUUUGGGCUUCAUCACCAGCAGCCAAUCGCUGGCCUACGCCAUCAGCAAGUUCAUCAGCGGCGUCCUCUCGGACCAGAUCAGCGCCCGCGUGCUCUUCUCCAUCGGACUCUUCUCGGUGGGCGGCAUCAACGUGAUCUUCUCCCAGUCGUCCUCCGUGGCCGUUUUCUCCGGCCUCUGGUUCCUCAACGGCCUGGGACAAGGUCUGGGCUGGCCACCAUGUGGGAAGGUCCUCCGCAAGUGGUUCGAGCCGUCCCAGUUUGGUACAUGGUGGGCCAUCCUAUCCUGCAGCAUGAACCUGGCGGGGGGGCUGGGGCCCAUCAUCGCCACACUGAUGGCCGAGAGCUACAGCUGGCGGACCACGCUCUCUAUCUCGGGCCUGGCCUGUGUGGUGGUGUCCGUCUUCUGCCUGAUGUUCAUCAAGAACGAGCCCAGCGACGUCGGGCUGCCCAACAUCGAGGUCGGGGCCAAGAAGGGCAAAGGAGAUUCCUCCAGUGACGACAGCACCCUGAAAGAGUUCCUGACCUCCCCUUAUCUCUGGGUGCUGUCUCUGGGCUACCUGGUGGUGUUUGGUGUGAAGACCGCCUGCACUGAUUGGGGGCAGCUCUUCCUGAUCCAGGACAAGGAGCAGUCAGUGCUCAUGGGGAGUUCUUUCAUGAGUGCACUGGAGAUCGGAGGCCUGGUGGGAAGCAUUGCUGCUGGCUAUCUCUCUGACCGAGCAGUGGCCAAACAUGGGCUCAGCAUUAAAGGCAACCCUCGUCACUCCCUCCUGCUGUCCAUGAUGGCAGGGAUGUGCGUCUCCUUGUACCUCUUCCGAGUCACAGUCACUCCAGAGAGUUCAAAGCUCUGGAUCCUCUCUCUUGGGGCUGUUUUUGGUUUCUCUUCAUAUGGACCAAUAGCAUUGUUCGGUGUGAUAGCCAAUGAGAGUGCCCCUUCAAAUUACUGUGGAACUUCACAUGCCAUCGUUGCGCUCAUGGCCAAUGUUGGCGGCUUCAUGUCUGGACUGCCCUUCAGCACCGUCGCCAAGCACCACGGCUGGAACAUGGCCUUCUGGGUUGCCGAGAUAACCUGCAUCAUCACGACGAUCAGCUUCUUCCUGCUGCGCAACAUCCAGACCAAGAUGGGCCGCCUGCCCAAGAAGGCCGAUUAGGCAGCUGCUCGCUAAGAAUCAUGGGACAUGUGGCAUCCUCUCCUUAUGUAGCGAGACCAUUCUCAGUGCACAGUUCUCCAUCUCCGUCAUUUGUAUUACACCGGUCUGGUAAAGAAUUCAUAGAUUUACAUUUCCUUUUACAUAAAUACACAUUUUAAAGACUUUACCUGUCGAACCAGCGCAGUUAUUAAAGGGAAGUCGGCAAUACUGGAGAAAGAUUGUUCAAACAAACAAACACCUCUUUUUUUCUUCGGACAUCUCACAGAAUGUACAGCUUGUAGAUCAUGAAGAUAUAUUCACUGAAUGUGAAAAAUGAAUUGUCUCACAGCCAGGGUAGGAUAUACCGGGUACACAACUGAAGCGCUCUAGAAUAAUUUUAAAAGACUAGUCUAAUGUGUGCAGUGCUCACACACGUGUAGCCAGUUCCAUUGUUUACAGUGGAAGCUAAUUGUUGCAGCAUACGCUCCACAAACAGAUGGCUUCAGUUAGGUGUCCGGUGCAGUCUGCCAGCUUCACCAGCUUUCCCUUUAAGCCAUUAUUUCUAAGAGCACACAGUGCCAUCUCAACAUGUGAGGCGAUUGAACACCAUAGCUGCUUAGGGGAAAACUAAACACCAGAACAUCUUAUCAUCAUAAAAAGGGUGAAAUCUCAAAUCUCUGCUCAGAUCUAAUCUCAGUUCUCAAAAGGAAAUGACCCAGAUGACAAUCAUCUCAAGAGAAAAGGUUAAUGUUUUUGUUUUUUUUAUGCUCUAAAAAAAAAGAGUUACUCUGUACACUCGGGACACACUUUAGAUCACACUUUAAGAUCCGCAUCUUAUUUUUUUACACAGUAGUAUUUUUGUCUAUUUUCUCUACUUAAUAUAAUUACAACAUCAAAAACGGAACGGAGCACCACAGUACUAUUUAGGAAUUGCCAGUCGUAUUACCAUGGUGAUUUAUUACAACUACAGUAUAAAAUAGUGUAUUGCAAAAUAUUUGAAUCGCACGUCAUUUAGAUAUUUGCAUAUAGUCUCACUUCACAAGUUAUGGAAUGUCAACAAAAGGCAGUAACUUUGGUACUGAUGUGCCUUGCCAUAUAAACUAAUGUCUCACUUUGUAACACGAGGGGUAUUAAUUUAGAGUCAAUCGAGUAUUAAAACCAUCUCUGUCUCACCAGCGUUGUAGUUGGACUCAUACAGGGAAAGAUGUCUGAUCUCCGUUUCUCCUAGUUCUACCUCCACUGUUCAUUCCAUGUAGAUGACAUUUGAGUGUUGAAUAUUAGUUUUGACAACAAAAUGAAUAAUUAAGUAUUAUUAAAUUGCACAAUUGCACAUGAAGGCAAGCAUGAUGUACUAAAACUGCAUUCACUUUUCAGGGCUAAAUUCUGACAAUUUUGUAGUGUGAAUUUGAUGAUUGACCAAAUUCAUUUAAGCAAUGUUAUUUACUGAACUGGAUUGUGAAAAUAUAGUUCAGUGUAAACAAUACUGAAACAAAACCAUUGUGAGUUACUUGUCAGACAGUUUCUGAAAUGACACUGCAUGUAAUACUACCGUUACAUUCCCAUCUCAGUUUCACCUCUGACAACUUUGUAACUUUUGUGUUGUGAAUGUGUUUGUCCUUGCCAUUAAUUUAACUGCAUUCUUAAUAGAAGCAUUAUUAAACUUUGGUGUAAUGACAUUCUA